AUGAUACAUGUUCAUGUGCUUAGCAUUUCAUAAGCACAAUCGGAGUAAGCAAUUCAUGUGGUUCGAGAAAGAUUUUAAUUGGAUCACGAACGACUUAUAAAAGUAAAUUUGAACAAAUGUAAUCGAAAAAUAUAAACAGUGGGAAACGUAAAUAGUAAUUUAAUUUUUAACUUUGUAAAUAGCAAGAGAAGUAAUAAAAACAUAUAGAUAUUGAAUUAUGCAGCAUUAUAUUUACAGAUAAUGUAAUUAAUGUAUCUGAACAAGAAAUUUUGCCUAUCAAACUUUUGUAAAACAUGAUCAUUUUUAUCUAUUGAUUUAUGUAUAGUAAAAGUAAAAAUUAGAAAUAGAAAAUUAUUAAAUUAUCUUAAGAAGGAUUCAGUAUUUUUAAAAAUACUGCAUUAAAAAAUGGUUAAAGAAAUAGCAGAUGAAUCUACAAAAGAGAUACAGCUUAUAAAUUCAGAUGAUCAAGAAUUCAUUCGUUCGCCGUUUGAUAAUCUGCAAAAAUCAAUUGGCAAGAUGCAAAUGAAAAAGCAAUUAGGUCUUCUGGAAGGAGUAGCUAUUAUAUUGGGAAUUAUAUUUGGUUCAGGCAUUUUUAUCUCACCAAAAGGAGUAAUACAGGAAGUAGGUAAUGUAGGAUUAUCUCUGAUCAUAUGGGUGCUAUGUGGUCUACUCUCCAUGAUAGGUGCCUUGUGUUAUGCAGAAUUGGGUACUAGCAUACCUCGUAGUGGAGGAGAUUAUGCUUAUAUUCACGAAGCCUUUGGUGCAUUGCCUUCAUUUUUAUACUUAUGGGCUGCUAACUUAAUUUUUGUCCCUACGACAAACGCUAUCAUGGGAUUGACGUUUGCUCAAUACGUUGUACAACCAUUUUUUCCUAAUUGUGUCACUCCGAAUGACGGUGUGCGACUGAUUGCUGCGCUAAGCAUAUGUUUACUUACUUUCAUAAAUUGUUAUGAUGUGAAACAAACGUCAAAGAUGCAAAAUAUAUUUAUGUUUGCUAAAAUAGGAGCACUGGUGAUUAUUAUUAUAGCUGGAUUAGUCUGGCUUUGCUUAGGGCAUACAGAAAAUUUUGAGAACAUUUUUGAAAACACGAAUACCGACCCUGGCAAAAUCGCUGUAGCUUUUUAUUCUGGCAUAUUUUCCUACUCUGGAUGGAAUUACUUGAAUUUUAUGACAGAAGAAUUAAAAAAUCCUUAUGUGAAUUUACCACGUGCAAUUUACAUAUCACUGCCGCUAGUGACUUUAAUAUAUGUUAUGGCAAAUGUUGCUUAUUUGGCUGUUUUAACUCCGACUGCUAUGAUCGCUUCCAAUGCCAUUGCUGUGACUUUUGGCAAUCAACUUCUCGGAUAUAUGUCUUGGAUAAUACCUCUAAUGGUAGCUGUAUCCGCUUUUGGGGGACUAAGUGUUCAUAUUAUGACAUCAUCUAGAAUGUGUUUUGUUGGCGCCAGGAACGGUCAUUUUCCUUGCAUGUUGAGUCACAUCAAUAUGUCCAGACUCACACCUACACCUGCUUUAAUAUUUCUGUGUAUUCUGUCCCUCAUAAUGUUGUGCACGAGUGAUAUAUUUGUACUGAUUACAUACUGCAGUAUAGUAGAAUCAUUUUUUAUAAUGAUCUCAGUAGCUGGAAUUUUAUGGCUGCGUUAUAAAAGACCUAACAUGGAACGACCAAUCAAGAUACCAUUAUGGAUACCUAUAUUGUUCGUAGCGUUAUGCGCUUUUCUGGUUAUUGUACCAUGCUACGAAAGACCAUACGAAGUUGGUAUGGGCAUUUUGAUUACUGUGUCUGGCAUACCUGCGUAUUUCUUCGGUGUUGCUUGGAAAGGCAAACCACUGUGGUUCCAAAAGAUUAACAUUAAAGCUACUCAUACUGCACAGAAGUUAUUUCUAUCUGCAAGGGAAGAACAUGAAAUCGAUUAAGUAAACGACAAUUUUACAAUUAAAUUAGAUUGAAUUUACGACGUUAUACAUGUACCAAAGAGAAUUUGAGAUUUGGAAAAAAAAAGUUUUUACAUGUACCAAAAUUGAAAAACUAUCGAGAUUUUGAAAGAAUAUUUAGCUUCAAAAUUUAGUUUUAAAAUUAAAAGAAUAAUAGGUAAUCAUAGAAUCAAAAAAAUAUUUAUACUUGAAAAUUACAAAAGUAAAAAAAAAUUAAAUAAUCUGUAUUGUAAAUAAAAUAGAUCUGAGAAUUGCAUUUUAUAAUUUUCAAUAUUGCCAAAGCGUUUUUUGUUUUUUGUGUGUUAUUAACAUUAUUCUUAACAGUAUUAUUAAUGUUAUUCUUUAUGAUAUACACAUUUUGUAGCCACGUGGGUUAUUGAUUCACGCAGGAUUUAUCGUUUAAGCUGUUUGAUUGAUGGCUAUAAAAAAUGUCACUAUAAAUUAACUUCUGAUAUCGUAAUGUGAAUAAUACCAGGUAUGUAAAUAUGAAACUGGAAUUUUUGUAUAGAAAAUACACGUUUAUUGUAUGAAAAUACUAAAAAAUAUUUUAUUCGAAGUAUUGCUCAUCGUUAGCUAUACAUUUUUUCUAUCUCUAUGACAAUUUGUGGAUGCCACGCCAAAAAAACUGUUCCUCUUUUGAGGCAAACCAGUUAUCGAGCCAUUUUCGUACAUUUUCGUAAGAUGUGAAGCUCUGCUGAGCAAGUGCGUAUCCCAUCGAUGCAAAUAAGUAAUAAUCAGAUAGAGCCAAGUCUGGUGAGUAAGCCGCAUGCGAAAGUAUUUCCCAACCAAACGCCUCAAUCGUUUCCUUGACCGGUUUUGUUGCGUGUGAUGGUGCAGUUUCAUAUUUACUGACCUGGUACGUAAUUGAGAUACAUAAUGAAAUAUUGAUACAUUAAGCUGUCUUUAUAAUAAUUUUUGUAUUUUUAAAUAUAUACUUAUAAUAUAUCAUAAAGUACAUUUUUUUUACAAAUAUGAAUACAAACAAAAAUAUCCAGUGGCUUAUACGGCGGGAUUAAUAAGUUACUUAAAAUGUACGAAAGUAUGUGCGGCACCAAAGUGUUAAUUAUAUUGAUUCGUUUUUGAUGCUAUUGUAUAUCAAAUAUUUAAAAGAAAUAUAUGAGACGAAAGUUUCACAAGUAGCUAUGUAUUGCAAAAAUUGUAUUUUGAUAAUGUUAAUAAAAAUGUACAUAUGUAUUGUCACGACUUUUCCUGACCGGGAAAGCCGCGAGCAAAAAGCAGCGAGACCGAUAGGGUAACCGGUACCCCCGAUGCCGUGCUUGUCGCGCUCGAAUCUCGGCCACGCGUUAUCACGAAAAAUUGUUGGGCGCCAGACGCGCUCGACGACGCGUCAAUUCGCGAAAAUCGUUACGCCAAGGUGUCCUCGAUCCUCGCGCGACAAUCUCGACCAGCUCUGCCUAACGGUAGAGGGGCGGGGUGAAUCGUAAGGGAGCAGGCGAAUGCGGUAACACGAAGUGGUGGACGACACACUAGAAAAAUAGACUCCGAACGUAACAAGUAACGAACUUUAUUGAGAUUAAUAGUCAGACAGAACAAUAAUAUCGCGGGACGCGGCAUGCGGCGUUCCGACAAGGCGGCGCCCCGGCGCGAAUCAAACCAAACAGACGCUAACGAUACGCGGGAAGCUCUCGCGGUAGGCACGCGGCCGACAAGGACAGACGAUGGGAUCUUCCGCGCACAUGAAUUUCGGACGUUCGAACGUGCCGACACUCCCGGCAACUAGAGAACGCGACCGCGUGUCUCGCGGGGGUCACACAAUAAUCGCCGGCCGCUACCGCACUACACACCGUCGCGAAACCGGAAGUCCCGUCCACCCGCUACUCGCGACGCGAUACUCGCUCGCGCGAGGGCUCUGCGGCGUACGCGGUCGAGGGGAAUCUCCGACGGAACCCACGCGUCCUUACAAUCGUCCUCCCCGUGGCUCGGCGCUUCGGCGUCCCGCCCGCUUGCAUCCGAUAUAUCUCCCAAUUACUUACGCGAACGGACGGCCGCCCUGCGGCCCGCGCGACUCACGCACCAACACCAAAACGGAUGCAGAACGGGCCAGGGGACCCCUCGCCGGCCGACAACCGCUCACAAUCACUUAUCUCGGCAGACCACCUCACCGAUAAGGUCCAAGGCGUCCUCCCUCGUCGCUCGGCUCGUCCUCGGCUCUCGCGAUGGCCUCUCGCUCGCCACACCGAUAACUCGCCCUCCGGGGCACGACACGCGACCUUCCUUCUCAGACCGCUCGCACGCAAAAGCGGGGUGGAUCGCGGUCGAUCCCGGAUCGACGCCGCGACCCCCCCGUCCAGUCAUGCGCAUUGUUUCCGCGCCGCGACCCAAUUGCUGCAAAGCACGCAGUCCUGCGUACGCAGGGACGUGCGCGCCGUAAUCCUUCCGGGGGCCUCGCAGGCCCCCGCAAAAUAUUCUUUCUCCCGCUGGGCCAUUUCCCGAGCCGGGGCAGCGCACGCGGAGACCUCCGUUCCUCGUGAGAGGACUCGACGCCUCCCUCGACGCGUUUGGUCCCAUCCGGGCUCCUCCACAGCCCUCCGGGACGUUCCGUUGUGGUGUCGGCGGGCACCGCCGCUUUAGGCUCCGGCCGUGGCCCUCCCAGGGCCACGCCGAAUCCCCGUGCGGGCCGCGUGCUCAUCUCUCCCGGGCACCGGUGGCGUCCUUCCUCCUUCCCCGCAUCGUCGUCGCUCUCUCUCCUCCUCUCUCUCGCUCUCUCUCUCGUCGCAUUCCAUCGGAAGACGGCCGCCGCG